AUGAGCGUGUGCGCCCACACUCAGCGGCGCCGCGCAGGGCCUGACGCGCACCGCCAGCUCGGCCGAGGCUCCGGUGACAGCAUUCUGCAGACGGAGAGGCUGAAGCCCGAGCUGGGCCUCCAGAAGAGAGGAUGCUGUCUGGUGCUGGGCUACAUGGCCAAGGACAAGUUUCGAAGAAUGAAUGAAGGCCAAGUGUACUCCUUCAGCCAGCAACCCCAGGACCAGGCCGUGGUGUCAGGCCAGCCAGUGACUCUGCUGUGCGCCAUUCCCGAAUACGAUGGCUUUGUCCUGUGGAUCAAAGACGGCUUGGCUCUGGGUGUGGGCAGGGACCUCUCAAGCUACCCACAGUACCUGGUGGUAGGGAACCACCUGUCCGGGGAGCAUCACCUGAAGAUCCUGCGGGCAGAGCUCCAAGAUGACGCCGUGUACGAGUGCCAGGCCAUCCAGGCCGCCAUACGGUCUCGCCCCGCACGCCUCACCGUCCUGGUGCCACCUGAUGACCCGGUCAUCCUGGGGGGGCCUGUGAUCAGCCUGCGGGCGGGGGACCCCCUCAACCUCACCUGCCACGCAGACAACGCCAAGCCUGCAGCCUCCAUCAUCUGGUUGCGGAAAGGAGAGGUCAUCAAUGGGGCCACCUACUCCAAGACCCUGCUGCGAGAUGGCAAGCGCGAGAGCAUCGUGAGUACCCUCUUCAUCUCCCCGGGUGAUGUGGAGAAUGGGCAGAGCAUCGUGUGCCGAGCCACCAACAAAGCCAUCCCGGGAGGGAAGGAGACUUCGGUCACCAUCGACAUCCAGCACCCCCCACUCGUCAACCUGUCGGUGGAACCACAGCCAGUGCUGGAGGACAACGUUGUCACGUUCCACUGCUCCGCAAAGGCCAACCCGGCUGUCACCCAGUACAGGUGGGCCAAGCGGGGCCAGAUCAUUAAGGAAGCAUCUGGAGAAGUCUAUCGGACCGCCGUGGACUACACGUACUUCUCAGAGCCUGUCUCCUGCGAGGUGACCAACGCCCUGGGCAGCACCAACAUCAGCCGCACGGUGGACGUCUACUUUGGGCCCAGGAUGACUACAGAGCCUCAAUCCCUGCUCGUGGAUCUGGGCUCCGAUGCCGUCUUCAGCUGUGCCUGGACAGGCAACCCCUCCCUGACCAUCGUCUGGAUGAAGCGGGGCUCAGGUGUGGUGCUGAGCAAUGAAAAGACCCUGACCCUCAAAACCGUCCGCCAGGAGGAUGCUGGGAAGUACGUGUGCCGAGCCGUGGUGCCCCGGGUCGGGGCCGGGGAGCGAGAGGUGACCCUGACGGUCAAUGGACCCCCCAUCAUCUCCAGCACCCAGACCCAGCACGCCCUGCACGGGGAGAAGGGCCAGAUCAAGUGCUUUAUCCGGAGCACACCACCACCGGAUCGAAUCGCCUGGUCCUGGAAGGAGAAUGUGCUGGAGUCAGGGACAUCGGGGCGCUACACGGUGGAGACGGUCAGCACCGAAGAGGGGGUCAUCUCCACACUGACCAUCAGCAACAUCGUGCGGGCCGACUUCCAGACCAUCUACAACUGCACCGCCUGGAACAGCUUUGGCUCUGACACGGAGAUCAUCCGGCUCAAGGAGCAAGGUUCGGAAAUGAAGUCGGGAGCCGGGCUGGAAGCAGAGUCUGUGCCGAUGGCCGUCAUCAUUGGGGUGGCCGUAGGAGCUGGCGUGGCCUUCCUCGUCCUUAUGGCAACCAUUGUGGCCUUCUGCUGUGCCCGCUCCCAGAGAAAUCUCAAAGGGGUUGUGUCAGCCAAGAAUGACAUCCGAGUGGAGAUUGUCCACAAGGAGCCUGCCUCCGGCCGGGAGGCCGAAGAACAUCCCACCAUCAAGCAGCUGAUGAUGGACCGGGGUGAAUUCCAACAAGACUCAGUACUGAAGCAGCUGGAGGUUCUCAAAGAAGAGGAGAAGGAGUUUCAGAACCUGAAGGACCCCACCAACGGCUACUACAGUGUCAACACCUUCAAAGAGCACCACUCGACCCCCACCAUCUCGCUGAGCAGCUGCCAGCCGGACCUGCGCCCCGCCGGCAAGCAGCGCGUGCCCACGGGGAUGUCCUUCACCAACAUCUACAGCACCCUGAGCGGCCAGGGCCGCCUCUACGACUACGGGCAGAGGUUCGUACUGGGCAUGGGCAGCUCCUCCAUCGAGCUGUGCGAGCGGGAGUUCCAGCGGGGCUCCCUCAGCGACAGCAGCUCCUUCCUGGACACGCAGUGUGACAGCAGCGUCAGCAGCAGCGGCAAGCAGGACGGCUACGUGCAGUUCGACAAGGCCAGCAAGGCCUCCGCCUCCUCCUCCCACCACUCGCAGUCCUCUUCCCAGAACUCCGACCCCAGCCGACCCCUGCAGCGGCGGAUGCAGACUCAUGUCUGA